AUGCAUCACCCACCCACAAAUCCCACCCCAAACAACCUGGCAGACCUCCCAACCCCCGCACAAAAAACCACCAGAACAGCAGAAGGAGGCUUCCAACGCGCUAGAGACCGGCGAGAGGAGGAAAACUUCUCCCCCAAAAGAAAAGAAGCCACGCACCACGCCCAAACCGUAGCCAGCACGCUACCACCACCCACUGGAAACGGCUCUAAAACCCCUUACAACCCCCCCACCAGAACACUAACGCCAACACCGAGCGAAACUGAGAGCGAAAUGAGAAUGAUGACGGACGAAACGCCCCCCCCCUGCCGCGACAAAAACCCACACCUGAAACUCAUCGCAGAGCGUCCAGCCCCGAGACCGAAUACCAACGGUGAGAACCCGUUCCAGAGGAUUCAAGGCGGGACCUUCCUGGAGCACCAUAUCAGCUUAGAGAGGCUGCUACGCGGAGUAUCCCAGGAACAAAGAGAGACAAUCGAGAAGUGGGGCGCAGGGAAGACAAUUGCACUUUUAUUCACCAUAGGCGGCCAACACCUCUUCGACACCCUGAAAGACGAGAUCGAAAAAACCGUCAAACUCUCCCUCUCUGGAAUAACGAAGAACGUACCCAUCUACUACUACACCCCAAUCCUUGACUCGGACCCAAUGGUGGCAUUCCUCAGAUGCGACGACCCGGCCAUGCACACUGCGAUCCUGGCAGAACCGUUCAUUGCAGUCAACACCGAAAUUGCCUACUGGCCAUCAUCCAUGGCAGAAAGGCGUAGCUGGAUGGUGAUGUACAUGGAGCUCUCAGCGACAAAAAACAAGGAAGAGAUGAAAGGACAAAUCCUCGGAACAGUCCGGGAGGUGAUGCAUACCAACGAAGAGAUCGCCCAAGUAAUCGACCAAAUCACCCAGAUGGAGCCAGGCACACGUGAUGAACGCAUUGACUCUCUUGCGCUUAGCGUUGACGCCCAGUGCCUGGACCAUGAAUCAAAGUCAGUCAUUGUCAUCUACAUGGACAGACGCAAAGGGUCCAAACCUGAACAGGAAACCCUUGGUGAACUACUCCGCAAGAAGGUCUAUGUCACCAAUGCCAUCCAAUACAAACCCAUUGUCGACAAGUUCACGGGGAAGAUCCGGGAAUGUGUCAUAUGCAAACUGGAUAACCACCCUUCCUACCUCUGCCUGUUCACCCGGGCCAAAUGGUGGGGACCACCGGACCAGAUCUCCGCGCUUGUCAUAAUUCGGCCACUUUUUAUCUUAUCUUCGACGAUCUCAUCUUAUCUCGGCACGACUUAUCUUAUCACGGAUCACGGCAUCAGACGGUCCGGACUAGGGGUUCCAGGGGAUUAUCCUUAUCGAUUCAAGGCUGCGCGACAUAUGCUCCAGAAGGUUCUACUACAACCCAUGACCAGUGCUCCAUGCGCACACGAAUCCACCAUUUCGUACCGAUUCCCAUCGUCAUCUGGGAGUCCAUCCCCUCCCCCCAUCAUACCAUCGUCGCCCGAUCUGGCGCAUCAAAACCAACCCGGGCCCUCCAACCCCUACCUCGCCCUCCCGCCGCCUGAAGACGAGAUCCCCGACCUUGGCGAGUUACCCUCCGAACAACCACCCUCGCCCCCACCUACCGCACCUGCUCCUACCAUGUCAGGACAUCACCGCAUCACCCUCGCCGCCAACCCCCCCUACUUCGAUGGGGACAAGUCCAGAUAUAUGGGCUUUGUGGACUCGUGCACCACCUACAUUGGUGCCUAUCGGUCGGAAUUCUCGCAGGACAAGACAAAAAUCCUCUUCAUCCUCUCCCUCAAUGGACUGAAGGCUGGGGUCACCUCGGCGACCUUCUUAGAGGAGCUUCAGAGGGCCUUUGGGGAUUCCAACGCGGAGCAAGUUGCCGCUGCUCGACUCAUGGCUCUACGCCAGAAUAGACGAUCCUUCGCGGAUUAUAUCUCUGACUUUGAGAUGCUGGCUGCGGACGCGGGGUACAACGUGGUCACCUCGACCGAUGACAAGGGCGAGUACAAGAAAGGGGAUCAGGACAACAUCCUCAUCGAGUUCCUCGAGCGCGGGUUGAGCAGCGAGAUUGCAAGCCGCCUCUACAACACUGGUGUUCCCCUGCCCAAGGCAUAUGGUGCCUUCAAGAACUGGUGUGUCAACAUCGAGGCAAACGCUCUACGCGAUCAGCUGCGCAAAGCAUCGCAUGCGCAAUCCGCACCACGACCGCCUCCCCAAUUCCGCCCUCAGGCAGCUCCAACAACGCCUGCACCCGCCCCGGCCCGACCCACUGCCAACGAACUGGUUCCAAUGGAAAUUGAUCGUACCCACGCCCGCGGCCGCAAUAUCAUCUGCUACAACUGUCAGCAGCCUGGGCACAUUGCGCGGAACUGUCCAGAGCCAAGAAAGAAGCGCACAUUUUUCAAUCGGGCCACGAUGCUUGAAGAAAUCGAGAAUGGGGACAAGGACAACGAGUUCCUCAAGGAGAUUGCCGAGAAGCUGCGCGAGAAGGGUUUUUGA